AUGAUGAUCAAUGAUGAUCAAGCCAACAAGAAAAGACCCGCUGAAGCAAGGGCUGACAAUAACAAAUCCAAGAGAAAGAAGAAACAAAAGGCAACGAACGAUAAUAAAACAAUGAUUGUCAUCAGCAGUGAUAGUGAUGAUGAUGGUGAGAAAUUCAAAAACAACAAUGAUGCGCCUCAAGAACCACUGCUGGAUUCUAGGGAAAAGAUUGACCAAUGGAGUAAAGCCGGAAGAUUAGUGGCCAACGGGGCUGCUCUGUACAAUGAAGAGAAGUAUGAUGAAGCAAUGAAGAUGCAUCGUCAGGUACUUGCGAUUCGAUUAAGGGUUCUUGGCAAUCGUCAUAUUCGUGUUGCCAGGACAUAUUGUGCGAUGGGGAAGAUUUUGGAGGGACAAGUCAAAUAA